AUGGACCCGGGCUUCCAGAUGCCCGGGAUGCCCGCGCCGCCGCAGCUGAUCAACCAGCCGCCCCAGAUCUUUGGGGGCUACGACGGGCUCUCGCUGCAGCAGCUGCCCCCGGACAUGACGGCGCACAUGUUUGGCGACCCCAGCACGCUGCUGGACGACGCGAACGAGGCCAAGCGGCGGAGGAUAGCGAGGGCUUGCGACAUGUGCAGAAAGAAGAAGAUCAAGUGCGACGGCAAGCUGCCCGCCUGCACGCACUGCAUCAACUACAAGACGGAGUGCGUCUUCACGCAAGUCGAGAAGAAGAGGAGUCCGCCGAAGGGAGCCAAAUACAUCGAGGGACUAGAGAAUCGGCUGGGCCGUAUGGAGAGUCUUUUGAGGCUAUCGGGCUUGCUCGGCGACGACGACAACGGGGCGACAGAUCUGGGAACGCUGGAGAAGAAGCUGGCGGAGAAGACCAGAGAGUCGAGGCAGGCAUCCCAAGCGGCGCUUUCGAACCCGACAUCUCCGUCGCAGACGGCGUCGGCGCAGGACGAGAAGUCUACCCCGCAGAGCGCUCUGACGUCGCCCGAGCCGCCCAAGGAUAAAGACAACAACAAGGAGGAGAACCGCAAGUCGAUGACCUCGGACAGGCCCGAGAAGGAAGAGGAGGAGGUCGAGGCGCUGUCGGAGAUGAUGUGCUCGCUGGUGACCAACAACUGUGGAGAGACGCGGUAUAUCGGGUCGUCCUCUGGUUUCUCCAUCUUCUCCCCGAAGGGCAUCCAGUGGGUCAACGAGAAGACCGGCGACGCCUCUUUCCAGCAGAUGAUCUCCGACGUUUCCCUCGAGGACCACAAGUGGCACAACUGGAAGCCGGAAGUCUUUUCUGAUCUCUUCAGCCGACCCGUCUUCCGGCCGCUGCCUCAGAAGCCCGAGGCCAUGUCGUUGUUGAAGGACUACUUUGAGAACUUCAACUGCAUGUUCCCGCUGUUCCAUCAGCCAACCUUCAUGUACCUGGUCGAGAGGCAGUACUCGGACGACCCGUACGAGGGGUCUGGCUGGUGGGCUAGCUUGAACGUCGCCCUCGCCAUCGCCCACCGACUUCGCGUGAUGAGCAAGCUGGUCCCGGCCGAAGAGGACGAGAAGGCGUGGGCCUAUCUGAAGAACGCCAUGGCCGUCUUUUCCGAGCUGACCAUGCGCAACACCGAUCUGCUGAGCGUGCAGGCCCUGCUAGGAAUGGCCUUGUUCAUGCAGGGAACGCCGAACCCCCAGCCGUCAUUCCUCUUGAUCGCUGCAGCUAUUCGGUUGGCUCAUAGCAUCGGGCUUCACAAGCGCGGCACCGGCUUCAACCUGAACCCUAUCGAGAUCGAGCAGCGCAAGAGAGUGUUUUGGAUUGCGUACAUGCUGGACAAGGAUCUGUGCCUUCGCUCGGGGCGGCCGCCCGCACAGGACGAUGACGACAUGAAUGUGGACCUGCCCGAUGCCGAUCCGGAGGACAACAUUGGCAAUAUCCCCUUGUCUGACGGCAAGGGCAAGAUGAACCUCUUCAGGGUCCUCUGCGAGUUUGCCUUGAUCGAGAGCAAAGUCUACAACCGGUUAUACUCGACAAAGGCGACGAAGCAGACCGACGGGGAGCUCCUCAACACGAUUGGCGAGCUGGACCAAGAAUUGGAAGAGUGGAAGGACCGCAUCCCGAUCGACUUCAGGCCCGAGCACGAGAUCAAGGCUUCGCACACGCCAUUGAUCCUGCACGUUGUCAUGCUGCACUUCACAUACUACAACUGCUUGACCACCAUUCACCGCAUGUCGAUUCACCAUGGCUUCUGGACCAGUCGCCUGUCUAAUUAUGCCAUUCAGGGCCUCAACACGCGGCCGCUGAACCCACGGGUGUACUCUUCGGCGGCGCUGUGCACGUCUGCUGCCCGGGCGUCGAUCUCUCUGCUCAAGUACAUCCCUCAGGGUGACUUCCAGUGUGUCUGGUUGAUAUUGUAUUUCCCAGUUUCUGCACUGGUAACGCUGUUCGGAAAUAUCAUUCAGAACCCGAUGGAUCCGAGGGCGCGGUCGGACUCGAGGUUGAUGAACCUGGUGGUGACGUUCCUAUCCAUGCUGGGCCAGGAGGCCGAAAGCGGCGGUGUUCACCGCAUGCUCGGCGUGUGCUCCGAGUUUGAGCGCAUCGCGAAGCUCGUCAUCGACAAGGCCGAGAAGGAGAACGCGGGGCGGAGAAAGCGCAAGAGCCACGACCCCAACACGGCGGCCAAGCCCGCGGGUACGCCGGCGGCCGGCGCCAAGCCGGCGGCGACGACGCAGACGCCGCGCCCGUCGUCGGCGAGCACCCCGAAGCCGCACGUGCAGAACGCGACGCCGGGCAGCACCGUCAACGGGCAGCUGUCGCCGCCGCUGCAGCAGCAGGACGCCCGGUCGGUCAAGAGCGGCUUCAGCCCGCUGGCCUCGACGAUGAGCCAGCAGUCCUCGCCCGCCAUGGCGCCCACGAGCUGGCAGGCCUCCUCCGACUUUGCCUCCGCCAUGAACGGCGGCGGGGGGCCGCCGGACUUUUCUUCGCAGUUUGGCGACAUGUCCGGCUUUGCUUCUGGGCUCGCGGGGGGCCUGCACUCGCCGGCCAUGCAGAACGGCAUGUUUGGGCAGCCCAUGCUCCCGCAGGACCUGUUCUCGCUGCCCAUGACGCUCGACUGGGACUGGGCCGAGAUGAGCGGCGGCGCCUACCCGAGCAUUGAGAACGGGGCGCAGCCGCGGUGA